AGAGAGGACAGCGAGAGAGAGAGAGAGGACAGCGAGAGAGAGAGAGAGGAGAGAGAGAGAGAGAGAGAGAGAGAGAGAGAGAGAGAGAGAGAGAGAGAGAGAGGAGAGAGAGAGAGAGAGGUAUUCCUUACGGAACAACGGAGGAGAAGAUUUGAGCAGCUGGGCUGGACUGGACGGCGGAGCGGGAGUGGACCGAGCCCCAUGGCUCAGUCAGCGGCUAACAGCGUGGAGCAGGAUCUGGCCAGCAAGAGGCUGCACUCGAGGAUGGAGGCCUCGUGUCUGGAGUUGGCGCUGGAGGGCGAGCGUCUGUGUAAGGCCGGAGACUUCAAAGGAGGCACUGCGUUCUUCGAGGCGGCAGUGCAGGUGGGCACGGAGGACCUCAAGACGCUGAGUGCCAUCUACAGCCAGCUGGGCAACGCCUACUUCUACCUGAAGGAGUACGGCAAAGCGCUGGAGUACCACCGCCACGACCUCACCCUCGCCAGGACGAUAGGAGACCGCAUCGGAGAGGGCAAAGCCAGCGGUAACCUGGGCAACACGCUGAAGGUCCUGGGCAGGUUUGAUGAGGCUGCGGUGUGCUGUCAGAGGCAUCUAGACAUCUCCCAAGAGCAGGGCGACAAGGUGGGAGAGGCCAGGGCGCUGUACAACAUUGGGAACGUGUUCCAUGCUAAGGGCAAGCAGCAGCUGUGGGGGUGUUCUCAGGAUCCUGGGGACCUCCCGCCCGACGUCAGAGACACUCUACAGCGCGCUACCGCAUACUACGAGAUGAACCUGUCUCUGGUCAAGGAGCUGGGGGACCGCGCCGCACAGGGCCGAGCCUUCGGUAACCUUGGCAACACCCACUACCUGCUGGGGAACUUUGUGGAGGCCAUCAAGUUCCAUCGAGAGCGGCUCUCCAUUGCCAAAGAAUUCGGUGACAAAGCGGCAGAGCGGCGGGCUUACAGUAACCUAGGCAACGCUCUGAUUUUCCUCGGCCAGUUCAACACGGCCACAGAGUACUACAGGAAGACGUUGCAGCUGUCUCGGCAGCUGAAGGACCAGGUGAUGGAGGCGCAGGCCUGCUACAGUCUGGGGAACACCUACACGUUGCUGCAGCAGUACGAGAGAGCCAUCGACUACCACCUCAAACACCUGCUCAUCGCCCAGGAGCUCAGCGACAGGGUUGGGGAGGGCCGUGCCUGCUGGAGUUUGGGCAACGCCUACGUGUCUUUAGGAAACCACCGACAAGCCCUUCACUACGCACGCAAACACCUCAACAUCUCCAGAGAGAUCGGGGACCGUAACGGAGAGCUGACGGCGCGUAUGAACGUGGAACAGCUGCUGGAGGCUCUGGGAGUGAAGGAGGCCGACCUGUCGCCCUGCGGCUCAGAGUUCGAGAUGCAAGGAGCGAGGCCCAAAUACUCCAAGAGGAACAGUCUGGACAGUGUUGACCUGUGGAAGUACUCUUCUGAGAAGAAUGGAGAUGGCCAGGAGGUGGACGGCAUCUCGCGGCGGUCCAAGAGCCAGCUGUCCCAGAGCAGCGUGAGGAAGGGAUACGCCGACAGCCAGUCGUCGGACGAGAGGACGUGGCUGGACUCGCCCGUGGACACCGACGACAUCACCGUACAGGUGUCCCCACCGAAGCUGGGCCGCGACCCCUCCGAUGAGGCCUGCUUUUUCGACCUCCUCAGUAAGUUCCAGAGCAGCCGCAUGGACGACCAGCGCUGCCACCUCGACGAGCCAGAGAACGGAGUGGACGGAGAGGCCGCCGCCCCCUGCUCUCCUCUCAGCGAUAUGAUCGACCCAAGCCUCACCACGUCACCUCAGACAGAGGAGCUGUUUGACCUGAUCGCCAGCACGCAGAGCCGUCGUCUAGACGACCAGCGGGUGAGCGUCAGCAACCUGCCGGGCCUGAGGAUCACCCACAACAACCUGGGUCACCUGUGUGGCGAGGCCGAGGCCCAGGAGCCCAGCGACGACUUCUUCAACAUGCUCAUCAAGUGCCAGUCCUCCAGGAUCGAUGACCAGCGGUGCUCUCCCCCGGAGGGUGGCCCCCGGGCGCCCACGGUGCCGGACGAGGACUUCUUCAGCCUGAUCCAGCGCGUGCAGGCCAAGCGCAUGGACGAGCAGCGCGUCCACCUGCCCUCGGACGAGCAGGACGACGCCGACGCAGACGCAGACUCGGAGCCAGAGGCCGAGGCACGGUCCGGCGACUCCAGCUAGACCUGCCGUCCUGCUUUCUCUGGCCCUCUCUCUCCAUGAGCCGUCUCCAUAGAGAUGACCUCUAACCCCAGACCUCUGGAGGAGAGACACCGAGAGGAGGAAGAGGAGGGAGCGAGUGAGGAAGAGGAGGAGGGAGCGGAGGAGAAGACUCUUCCUUCAGGCACGUCUGAUACUAACGAGGCUAACGGAGGAGUUAGCAAUGAAAAGCCGUGGAGAAAACGAAGAGAGAAUGUGAAUACAGAAGGGUUGUGGUUUAGAAUACGUCUGUAUGUGCGCGUGUUCGUGUGUGUGUGUGUGUGUGUGUGUGUGUGUGCGUGUGCGUGUGCGUGUGUAGGACUAAAACGGUGUUAUAGACGUGAAGUGUGUGUCUUUAGCAGGGGUCUCUCUCACCUUGUGUGUGUCUGCUGCACUGCCUUAAGUAAACAUACUGACUCUGAUUGUAACCUGUAGGUUGAGCUUCUCUGUGUUGUAUUUGCUCAUGUUGCCAUUGGUCCGUUGGAAGGACUUUUGAUGAAGGCUGGCAGUGUUAUUCAUUUGACUUCGGCAGUUCGCGAGAGGCUGUGAGGACAUUGUUGUCCCACUCACUAUGAUGUGUCUGCAUAUCAGCAUAUAGCAGUGGAUAUGUGUAGGGCUGUCUGCAUUUCAGCAUACAGUAUAGCAGUGGAUUAUGUGUAGGGCAGUUUCAUUCCCACAUUUGUGUUCAUGGACAUCGGUGCCAUUCAGAACGUUCAGAUCAGUACUUUAUUGGGGGAGGAAUUUACAUGUCAGUUUAGAUUAUUAAAAGCUAUGAAUAGCAUUUUCCCAAUCAAAUGCCAUCAGCCACAUGUAUGAAAAUGUCUGCCCUGUCAUUGGGCCUGACUAAAGACCAGUGCGAGACAUUAGAGACAUUAUUUGAAUGGGACCAGAUCCCCGUCGAGUAGCGGCUAGAUUCCUAGCAUUACUGACUGCACCUAUGCUACUGCUAACGCUAGCGUAGCUCUGAGCUCAAAGCUCAGCCACUGCAGUUGCUCAGCGACCGUCUGUCCGUGCUGCAGACUACUGUGGAGGCUCUGAUGAGCUCACUGUUAGCACGGCACACACUGCACAGCACACAGGUCAGUCUGCAUGGCCAUGGUCUGUGGUCUUUGUGUCAGGGCUCCCGAGAUCAUAGAACCUCUGAGACAUGUUCGUAUUUACAAACAACAAGCAAUGCUACAAACAAAAAACAACAUUUGUAAACAGCAUUACAGUAUUUGUGGAUAACUAAUGCCAGUAACCGCCAAUUCCAUUUUCUCUCCAUCACUUCUGGGGAUGAAUUUGAGAUUACAACAAAAGAGGAAUUGGAUAAAUCCACUGGUUGCCAUGCGAGGGCACCGUCAUUUGGCUCUGUCACCAUCUUGUGGCCAAACACAUUCAUAACACCCUCAAGGCAUUUAUGGGUGUGAACAGAUAGUAUUUAAAGAUUUUAAGACUGAAAGAUGACUAGUAGUAGACUAACAAGUAUGAAGAACUUAAGCACUUUCUUUAAAACUUGGAGAAAAAGGUUAUACAUCAGUGUGUGUACAUAUAAAUAUUUUGUUUGGUGAAAGUGAGAGUGUAUUUCACAGCCAAGGUUAGUGCCUGUUUGUAUCUUUUUUUUAGCUCUAGUUCUCCAUGCUCUGUGACUUGUAGCAUUCCCAGGAAAAAGAUGAGGCAGAAACACCACAGCAGCCCGAGCUCUAGCCCCUGUGUUGGGACUGGGGCUGCAAUCCCCUGGGCGCUGCUGGGCUGGUGUGCUGUGCUGUGCAAAUGGAAAGUGCUUCAGUGAUGGCGAUCGAUGAGCUACUGAUUAACAGGCUCCUCUGAGCACUCACUGGGAACCACACACACAGCUCAGCCACCUAGGGCCCCAUCUGGCCUCAAUCUGGCUCUGAUCUGGCCCUGAUCUGGCCCCAGUCAGGCCCUGAUCUGGCCAUAUUCUGGUUCUGGUCUGGCUGUGAUCUGGACUGCACUGGGCCCCGGUCCCAACCUAGAUACAGCACAACUGCCCCGGCCCAGAUAUGGCCAGGAUCCAUCCCAGAUAUGGCCCGGAUCCAUGCCAGAUGCGCGUUCAGUGCCAGCUGCUGCUAUCUGGUACCAGUAGUGUGUGUGCCACCGCAGUAGGGUACCAGUAGUGUGUGUGCCACCGCAGAGCAGUGCCAGUAGGGUACCAGUAGUGUCUGUGCCACCGCAGGGAGCAGCUCUGCCAGUAGGGUACCAGUAGUGUCUGUGCCACCGCAGGGAGCAGUGCCAGAAGGGUAGUAGUGUCUGUGCCACCGCAGGGAGCAGUGCCAGUAGGGUACCAGUAGUGUCUGUGCCACCGCAGGGAGCAGUGCCAGUAGUGUGUGUGCCACUGCAGGGAGCAGCUCUGCCAGUAGGGUACCAGUAGUGUCUGUGCCACCGCAGGGAGCAGUGCCAGUAGUGUCUGUGCCACUGCAGGGAGCAGCUCUAUAGUGCACAGGUGGAAAACUCUGGUACAAAGUAAAAGCUCGACUCCAAGCACUCACUAAAGCAGCUGAUUCUCAUUAGCGUCUCUUCAGUCAGGUGGAUCAGCUAGCUUGUGACAUCGCCAAGACAUGGGAGGACUUUUAUUUUGGCAAGCUGGAGUUUUCCCCCCUCUGUAAUGAGUUCAACUUAAAGUGGACCUGUAGGACUCGAGAGGUCCAGCUCGCUUAAAGUGGACCUGUUGAGGAGAGCGGAGAGGUCCAGCUCGCUAGCUAUUGGGUGUAGGAGUCCUGCCCAGACUCCUCUGUUGUGCUUCUAUGUCACUGCCACAUGUACAUAAUGGUUUUGUAUUUAUUUUCUGUCUGCGGACACCAUGUCCUCAGUGCUUUUAAUAAAACAGAUUCAAAUGUUA